AUGGCACCCUUGUUCAUCCAAAUUCAGAGGUGGAUGAUGCAUACAAAGGUGUGGAAAUUUGUUGGCUUUGCAUCAUCUAUUGUUGGAUUGGUUUGUUAUGUUCUAAGUUCUUCCUUCAACCAUCUGUUUGGAAAUUGGAAUUUCAUGAAAAUAUUUCUUAACACCAUUUUCAGUUUCAUAAUUUGUCUAAUUAUUUUGUUUGCAAGAACAUGGCGAGACUCAAGAAGUCUUCGGUUCAAAGCUCAUUCAGCAUUUAUGGUAUUGGUAAUUACCUCUUUCUAUUCUUUUUUCUCCGAUAAAGUUAUAACAGGAAAACCAGAUGCAUAUAGUUCAAUUUCAUAUGCUGCCUUUGCUCUCAUGUCACUUAGCUUAUCAAGGCAACUUCAGUGUGGAUUUGAAGUGGAUCUUAUGUACUUUUAUCUAGGAUGCUUAAUUGUACAACUCAUGAAGUUUAAUUUAUUGUUAGCUAUUGCUGGAGUUUGUUACAGCUACUGUCUUAUUAUUCUUCGCACUUCUUUCACUUCCUUAAAUGGGACAUCAGAAAAUCAUUCUCUUGGACCCGAAGAACAACUAGUAGUCAUUCAAGUUGAUUCACAAGAACGAGAAAAUAGCAAUAGUGGUUGUGUCCUGCAACACUUUUAUACAGAUUUCGAACGGAUGUUGCAACAGUUUCUAACGUGUAUGAAAGAGUUACAGAAAAACAAUUCAAACAUUGAGAAAAUGCUUUUGGAACAGGUGAAAGGUAACUAUAAAUUGGUAGUGGCUGACCACAACUUCAUAAUUGAUGCUCUUUCACAUGAAACAAUUAAUAACCUUCAAGAAACAGCAAAAUUAAUGGUUGAUGCUGGAUUUGAGAAAGUGUGCUACGAAGCUUACAACACUUUUCGUAAAGAAUGGUUGAAAGAUUUACUAAAGAAUAAGUUAUUAAGAUUGGGAAAGAUGGGAUUUCAAGAUUACGUAAUUGGAAGAUGGAUAAAAACUUCAGAGGUUGCUCUUAGAGUAUUAUUUCCUAGUGAGCGCCGACUCUACAAUUGUGUCUUCUCGGAUUCAACAUCUGCUUCUUCUGAUCUCUAUUUCUCAGAGUUAUGUCGUGGAGCAACGAUUGAACUUCUGAGUUUUGCAGAUUCGUUUGCAAAUCGAAGCCCCUCAGCGUGGCGUUUGUUUAAAAUCCUCCACUUGUUAGAGACGCUGUGUGAUCUAAUUCCCGAAUUUGAAUCAUUGUUCCAUGAGUCUUUGGUGAAUGAAGCAAUAAAAAUUAAGAGUAGAUUGGGUGAAAUAUGUAGAAGCAUUUUCAUGGAAUUCGGGGAUAUGAUAUUCCUUACAUCGGAUGCGGAGUUUGAUUGUUGGGUUGAUGGUGGCGUUCAUCCAAUGACCUGCGCGGCCACUGGCUACAUUGUUAUGGCUUUUUGGACAAGAAAGAACCUGGAGCAAAUUUUAAGAGCACACUCCAUGGUUGUUACUGAUGGAGCGGGAACAUCUUUAUUCUAUUCGCAGAUGGAGUUGAUAAUGAAGCAAUUUGAGAGAAAACUAGAAACUAAGUCAGAAGCUUAUGAAGAUCCUGCUUUGCGCUAUCUUUUCAUGAUAAACAAUCUAUGUCACGUUAAGUGCAGAUUGGGGACUUUUUGGGAUGAUAGGUUUUGUAUAAACAUGAGAAAAUACUUUGAAUUCUAUUGUAGAAGUUCUUGGAAUAAGGUGAUAAACUUUUUGGAUAUGGAUAUAAAAGAGUCAGUGGCACCUAAUUCUGAAAUAGAUUCAAUGAAAGAAAAACUAAAUUUGUUCAAUCAAAAAUUCAAGGAGGUGAGUGGAAUACAGUCUAAAUGGCGUGUUUUUGAUGAGCAGCUAAGGAAACAAAUGAUAAUGUUCAUAGAAAGCAUUUUGUUGCCGGCAUAUGAAAACUUCGUCAGUAUGUUUCGGAAUGUUGUUGGUAAAAACGCUGCCGACUAUAUAGAGUAUGAAAUGUCUGAUAUUCAAUAUCAACUCAAUCAGUCAUUUUUAUUACAAGAUGUUUGUCGAAGAAUCAUAUGA